UCCAGGCUCAGGUAGCUAAGGUUUGUUGGCCGUCAGCUUUGUUCAAAACAAUCUUUUAACGAGUAAGGUACUACUGUGCAGGUAGCUCAAGGUGCUCUACCCGCAAGCACAUGGAGUACUUCUUAAUUACAUUUGUUACUAUCCUACAGAUUUUAACCUUCUCAUCGGCGAAUAGAGUUGACUUUUAUCAGAGGCCGACAGGGAGAAAUUGGGAUGAUUGGACAAUAUCAUGGCAAGUGACACCUUAUGGGUGGAAAAGGUCAACAGAUUUCCGUAAUGAGAAGCCACAGUACACAACUUGUGUUAUCAGGGGAAAACAACCAAAUAGUUGGCUUAAAAGUAACCCCAUCAUAGUCCCAAGUAUAGUAAAAAAGGUUGGUAUUACCGUUACAUUCAGAACAAGAGACUGUAAAAAACUUGGUGGAGAUAAUUUUUGCACAGACUACCUCGACUUUUAUCUGCAUCAAAGCGGGAAUCCGACAGUACCUGACCCUUUACAAAACAACGCCUCUUAUGAAAAGAUUGCUGAAAUACACAAUGCAGCUGCAACGAUCUUUGGUAACCAUCCCACAACUACAAAAACGUUUGAUGUCGACGUUAAAGGAAAUUACAUCGUUCUGGCUCUUCAUGACCAAGGUUCAUGCAGCGUCAUCUACUCUGUCACUGUCAGUUAUUAUGUCUGCCCAGAAUUUACUGUCGCUAGUGGCUUGGUGUCACUACCACGCUCCUGGGCUCCAGCCAACAAGUCGGUGCCAAUUCAAGGCAGUUGUGUUUCAAACGCCGUCUACAAGCAAGGUAUUCUUACUAUGGACUGCCAAAGUGAUGGCGUUUGGAACAUUAGUUCUCUCAAUGGAAGAUGUAUUUGCAGAGAGGACAGUGGGAAAAGCGGAGGAGAAUGCAAAGAUUGUGAAAAGAACAAAUACAAUGACCAGAAUGGCUUUAACUGCACAGUCAUACCAUCAGCCCCGGGAAUUGUCCAAGUUAUCGUCGUUAACCAAAGCGCGUUGGAGUUAAAAUGGCAGCCCCCUGCAUUAACCGGUGACCAGACCGAGGUUUUUUAUGACGUGGAAUGCCGUAAGCCGUGUGUAGGUGAAAAAAACAGCAUAUGCUUGGAUAACAAUGAAUCUUGCGGGACUGACGUCAUUUUCAAACCGAAAAAUGAUGGCUUGAACACCACAUGCGUUACCAUAGGAAAUCUAUCUUCAUUUGUAAACUACACCAUGAAGAUCUACGCCAGAAACCGAGUGAGCGAUUUGGCGAAAAGAAAACAUGGAAUUGAAGCAAACUUCGCGGCAAUAACAGUGAGGACUAAUGGACCUCAGGUAUUUGGUAGAGGUCCUACUGGUCCACUGAGACAAGGUUCGUUUGUACAGCGUUGAUAAGUCAAUCUGCGCGUAAGACUGAUAU